AGCGCCGCGGGGGGCGGGGGCGCCAACGGCCGCUGAGGGAGGGCCUGUCAUGGCGCACAAACAGAUCUACUACUCCGACAAGUACGAUGAUGAGGAGUUUGAGUACCGGCACGUGAUGCUGCCCAAGGACAUCGCCAAGCUGGUGCCCAAGACCCACCUGCUGUCGGAGUCGGAGUGGCGGAACCUGGGCGUGCAGCAGAGCCAGGGCUGGGUCCACUACAUGAUCCACGAGCCAGAGCCCCACAUCCUACUCUUCCGACGGCCAUUGCCCAAGAAGCCAGAAAAGUGAGUGGCCUCUGGUGUGCCGAAGCUCCCAGUCCUUCCACGCUGAGCAAGCACCUUCCUCCUCCGCAUUUCUCAGGGGCUUCACCCCCUGCCCCUCGAUGCUGCCUGGGCGCCGUUUUGGCGACUCGGCCUUGGUUUCGGAGGCCCUUCCCGUCGCGAUGCCUCCAAAGCUUCAAUAAAGUUAUGUUUGGCAA